UCGGCACAGACACAGCACACCUUCAGAUGGAGAUGAAGUAGCAGCGGUAGUCGAGCGACACAGAGAGAGCAGCGUCUGAACCGCGGAUCCGGAGGUUUUCUUCACUCGGGGGGGGACAGGUGACCGACCGCUCCAGCGUCCUUCGGUGGAAAUUACUGCUGGUACACCUUCCGGGCACGCGCACCCUCCGAUUCCCACAAUAGAUGUUACUGAACUACAUUUCGAUCUGAUCAUCUAAGCCCGGCACACCAACAUGGAAAAUACGCACACUAAAUCGGCGACUGAAGUUUUAGACAACUUCGGUGUGAACGAAAACACUGGGCUGACUCUCGAACAGGUCAAAGUCAACCUGGAGAAAUAUGGACCGAACGAGCUCCCAGCUGAAGAAGGCAAGUCCCUGUGGGAGUUGGUGGUGGAGCAGUUUGAAGACCUCUUGGUGAGGAUCCUGCUGCUGGCUGCCUGCGUCUCCUUUGUGUUGGCUCUGUUUGAAGAAGGAGAGGAGACAACCACCGCCUUCGUAGAGCCGAUUGUUAUUCUUCUUAUCCUCAUCGCCAAUGCUGUUAUUGGGGUCUGGCAGGAACGGAAUGCCGAGAAUGCCAUUGAGGCUCUGAAGGAGUACGAACCUGAGAUGGGAAAGGUGUAUCGCAUGAACCGCAAGGCGGUCCAGAGGAUCAAAGCCAGAGACAUCGUCCCAGGAGAUAUAGUGGAGGUUGCAGUUGGUGACAAGGUGCCUGCUGACAUCAGAGUGACCUCGAUAAAGUCCACCACCCUGCGCGUGGACCAGUCCAUUCUCACAGGAGAGUCUGUCUCUGUCAUCAAACACACCGACCCUGUUCCUGAUCCUCGAGCCGUCAACCAGGACAAAAAGAACAUGUUGUUUUCUGGCACAAACAUUGCUGCCGGUCGUGCCAUAGGUGUCGUCGUUGCUACGGGUGUCUCGACAGAGAUCGGGAAGAUCCGUAAUCAGAUGGCGUCGACGGAGCAAGAGAAGACACCGCUGCAGCAGAAGCUGGACGAGUUUGGCCAGCAGCUCUCAAAGGUCAUCUCCCUGAUCUGCGUGGCUGUGUGGGUCAUCAACAUUGGCCACUUUGGAGACCCGGUCCACGGGGGCUCCUGGGUUCGAGGGGCCAUCUAUUACUUUAAAAUUGCCGUGGCCCUGGCAGUGGCCGCCAUCCCCGAGGGCCUGCCGGCCGUCAUCACCACCUGCCUGGCCCUCGGCACGCGUCGCAUGGCCAAGAAGAACGCCAUCGUCCGGAGCCUGCCGUCUGUGGAGACCCUGGGCUGUACCUCCGUUAUCUGCUCUGACAAGACGGGAACCCUCACCACCAACCAGAUGUCUGUGUGCAGAAUGUUCAUCCUAGACAAGGUGGAGGACUCCAGCUGCACCCUGCACGAGUUCUCUAUAACUGGUUCUACGUAUGCCCCUGAGGGACAAAUACUCAAAGACAACAAGCCUGUCCAGUGUGGAGACUAUGAUGGACUUAUGGAGUUGGCCACUGUGUGCUCGAUGUGCAAUGAUUCUUCACUGGACUAUAACGAGGCCAAAGGGGUUUAUGAGAAGGUGGGUGAGGCCACAGAAACAGCUCUCACCACCUUGGUCGAGAAGAUGAAUGUCUUCAAGACGGAUCUGUCUGGACUCACCAAGGUGGAGCGUGCCGGUGCCUGCAACUCAGUUAUCAAACAGUUGAUGAAGAAGGAGUUCACCCUGGAGUUCUCUCGUGACCGCAAGUCCAUGUCUGUCUACUGCACCCCUGUCAAGCCCGGGUCCCAGAGCAAGAUGUUCAUCAAGGGUGCGCCCGAGAGCGUGAUCGAGCGGUGCGAGUAUGUACGGGUGGGAAACAGAAAGGUGACGCUGACACCAGCCGUGCGCGACCAGCUCAUGUCUAAGAUCAGAGAAUGGGGGACGGGCAAGGACACCCUGCGCUGCCUGGCGCUGGCUACGCACGAUACUCCACCACGCAAGGAAAACAUGGAGCUGGAAAAUUCCAGCAAGUUUGUAGAAUAUGAGCUGGGGCUCACAUUUGUUGGCUGUGUGGGCAUGCUCGACCCACCCAGGAAGGAAGUGAUCGGUUCAGUGAAACUGUGCAACGAGGCAGGUAUCCGUGUUAUCAUGAUCACAGGGGACAACAAGGGCACGGCCGUGGCCAUCUGCAGACGGAUCGGCAUCUUUGGAGAGGACGAGGACGUGACGGGAAAGGCCUAUACAGGCCGCGAGUUUGACGAUCUACCGCAGGAGGCGCAGAGAGAAGCCGUCAAACGGGCACGGUGCUUUGCCCGCGUUGAGCCAGCUCACAAGUCCAAGAUCGUCGGAUACCUGCAGUCGUUUGACGAGAUUACAGCCAUGACAGGUGAUGGUGUGAACGAUGCCCCGGCCUUGAAGAAGGCAGAGAUCGGCAUCGCCAUGGGAUCCGGUACAGCUGUGGCAAAGUCAGCGUCUGAGAUGGUGCUGUCUGACGACAACUUCUCCACCAUCGUGGCUGCUGUGGAGGAGGGCAGAGCCAUCUACAACAACAUGAAGCAGUUCAUCAGAUACCUCAUCUCCUCAAAUGUGGGAGAAGUCGUGUGCAUCUUCCUGACAGCCAUCCUGGGUCUGCCCGAGGCUUUGAUUCCAGUCCAGCUGCUGUGGGUUAACCUGGUGACCGAUGGCCUGCCUGCCACCGCCCUGGGCUUCAACCCCCCAGAUUUGGACAUCAUGGAUAAACCACCCCGCAACCCUAAGGAGCCACUCAUCUCUGGCUGGCUCUUCUUUAGAUACCUGGCCAUUGGAGGAUAUGUGGGUCUGGGAACAGUGAGUGCAGCCACAUGGUGGUACCUGUUUGAUGAGGAGGGCCCACAAGUGUCUUUCUAUCAGCUGCGACAUUUCAUGCAGUGCACUGAGGACAACCCCAUGUUCAAAGAAAUAGACUGCGAGGUGUUUGAAUCUCGCUACCCCACAACCAUGGCGCUGUCUGUGCUGGUCACCAUCGAAAUGUUCAACGCGCUCAACAGUUUGUCUGAGAACCAGUCCCUGCUCAGGAUGCCUCCCUGGGUCAAUAUUUGGUUGCUGGGAGCGAUCAUCCUCUCCCUCUCCCUCCACUUCUUAAUCCUCUACGUCGAGCCUCUGCCACUCAUCUUCCAGGUGACCCCUCUGCGUUGGUCCCAGUGGACUGUGGUCCUGAAGAUUUCCUUCCCAGUCAUCCUACUGGAUGAGGCUUUGAAAUAUUUAUCCAGGAACCAUCUGGAAGCCUAAACUCUUUUAGUCUCACCUUCUGUAAAAAGGUGAUGAGGAGAAGAAGUAUCGGAGGAGAUGGCAGCUGAACUAAGACCUCUCCCUCAACACACUCACACAGUUAGACACACAGCUACCCUCUUCCCAUUUUUGAGCUAGGAAACGUUUCUCUCCCCUGCCCUCGUUCCCCACUUCUGCAUGUCCAACAAACCACCACUAGAAAUGAGCGGGGCUUGCAUGAGAAUGAGUGUGUGAGAAAGCGAGAGCGCUUGUGCUCCUGCAAGCAUGGCUUUGUGUGAGUGUAUGAGCAGGUCAACGCUGCGUGUGUGUGUGUGUGUGUGUGUGUGUGUGUGUGUGUGUGGGAGGACACAGACGGAUGCAGACCUGUCUUUAUAGUUGCAAGAGCAAGAAACAACUGCAGAAAAGAAAAAUACAACUGCCCAGGGCUCUGCUUUUU